GAAAAUUGUCCACCGAGCAGCUCCGUCUUCACUCCGCUGACUCUCGCCGGUCUCUUAGUUAGUGCCCACGCUGACCUCACACACUUUUCUGCCGUUUUCUUUUUUUAAAUCCAUCGAGUUAAAAUGAGUGGGGACCACUCCCACAACGAGGACAAGAUCGAUGGUGGCUCUCGAGUCAACGAUGUGCAGAGGCAUAAAGAUAAAUAUAGAGAGAAGGAGCACAAACACAAAGAUCACAAGAAGGAUAAGGAACGUGAAAAAAUAAAACAUGGCAAUGGUGAUCACAGGGACUCCUCCGAAAAGAAGCACAGAGACAAGGAAAGGGACAAAAUGAAGCAUAAAGAUGGCGGCUCGGACAAACACAGGGACAAAGACAAGCACAAGGAGAAGCGGAAGGAAGACAAGAUGAGGUCUCUGGAUGGUAAAGUGAAAAAAGAGGAGAACGGCUUUGGCAGCCCCUUCCAUGUCAAGUCCGAGCCAGAGGACGACUACCAUUCUUUUAAACCUGCCAAGUCUCUGAAGAGGGAGCGGGAUGACGACGACUCUGAAUUCAAACCCAAAAAAAUCAAGACUGAAGAUGGGAAGAAGGCCAAGAAAAGGAAACAAGAAGAGGACACCAAGCCUAAAAAGACAAAAGACAAAAAAGGAGAAGUGGCUGAUGGAAAAAAGAAAGCUAAGAAGGAGCCCGAGGAGAAAUGGAAAUGGUGGGAAGAGGAGCGCUACACUGAUGGUGUCAAGUGGAAGUUCCUGGAACACAAAGGACCCGUGUUUGCUCCUCCGUACGAGCCCAUGCCCAGCAAGGUCAAGUUUUACUACGAUGGGGAGCCCAUGCGGCUCAGCCCCGAGGCCGAAGAAGUGGCCACUUUCUUUGCUAAAAUGCUGGACCACGAAUACACCACUAAGGACAUCUUCCGCAAAAACUUCUUCAAAGACUGGAGGAAGGAGAUGACUGCUGAGGAAAAGGCGACGAUCACCGACUUGAAGAAGUGUGACUUCAGUGAGAUGGCCGAAUAUUUCAAAGCCCAGUCUGAAGCCAGAAAGGCCAUGUCCAAGGAAGACAAGCUGAAAAUUAAAGCCGAGAACGAGCGCCUCCUGCAGGAAUACGGGUUUUGCAUCAUGGACAACCACAAGGAGCGAAUCGCCAACUUCCGCAUUGAGCCCCCGGGUCUGUUCCGAGGUCGUGGUGACCACCCCAAGAUGGGCAUGCUGAAAAGACGAAUUCAGCCCAAAGACAUCAUCGUGAACUGCAGCAAAGACUCCAAGCAUCCUGAGCCGCCUCCUGGCACCAGGUGGAAGGAGGUUCGCCAUGACAACAAGGUGACCUGGCUGGUGUCGUGGACGGAGAACAUUCAAGGCUCCAUCAAGUACAUCAUGUUGAAUCCCAGCUCUAGAAUUAAGGGGGAGAAAGACUGGCAGAAGUACGAAACCGCCCGCAAACUCAAGCAGAUCGUCGACCGCAUCAGGAACCAGUACCGCGAAGACUGGAAGUCCAAAGAGAUGCGGAUCCGGCAGCGGGCCGUGGCACUCUACUUCAUCGACAAGCUGGCUCUGAGAGCUGGUAACGAGAAGGAGGAGGGGGAGACGGCCGACACGGUGGGCUGCUGUUCGCUGAGAAUCGAACACAUCAAACUCUACCCUGAGAAAGACGGUCAGGAGUUUGUGGUGGAGUUCGACUUCCUGGGUAAAGACUCCAUCCGCUACUACAACCAGGUGCCCGUGGAGAAGAGGGUGUUCAAGAAUCUUCAGUUGUUUACGGAAAACAAAGACCCAGACGACGACCUGUUCGAUCGACUCAAUACAUCAAUCCUCAACAAACAUCUACAGGAGCUGAUGGAAGGUCUGACGGCUAAAGUGUUCCGUACUUACAACGCCUCCAUCACCCUGCAGCAGCAGCUCAAGGAGCUCACCAACGGUGAGGACAACAUCCCGGCCAAGAUUCUCUCCUACAACAGGGCGAACAGGGCUGUGGCCAUCCUGUGUAACCAUCAGAGAGCUCCACCCAAGACCUUUGAGAAGUCCAUGCAGAACCUGCAAACGAAGAUCGACGCUAAGAAAGGCCAGCUGUCUGAUGCCAGGAGAGAACUGAAGAGCGCCAAGGCUGAUGCCAAAGUACGGAAGGAUGAGAAGUCCAAAAAGGCCGUGGAGACCAAGAAGAAAGCUGUGCAGCGGAUAGAGGAGCAGCUGAUGAAGCUGGAAGUGCAGGCGACUGACCGUGAAGAAAACAAGCAGAUUGCUCUGGGCACCUCCAAGCUCAACUACCUGGAUCCUCGCAUCUCCGUGGCCUGGUGCAAGAAGUGGGGUGUCCCCAUCGAGAAGAUCUACAACAAAACCCAGCGCGAGAAGUUUGCCUGGGCCAUCGACAUGGCCGAGGACGACUACGAAUUUUAAGUCCAACUUUGUGGUUUUAACUUUUUAAAAAGGAAACAUUUUUUUUUUUUUAAAGCCGAUGAACUUUUGCUGGACGGCCGGACCUGACCACGGUGAGACACGAGGAGGCCACGCUGGAGUAAAUAUCUGAUCUGAGAUCAGGCGUCAGAGCAGGUGAAGGCAAAGUCUGGGCAAACUUAAGAACCUCUCACCUUUGAGACGAUGCCUGAACUUCGAACUCUGUGCUCCUGUAGCUACUGUACAAGCAAAAACAAUUGUAUCUUCUGCUCACCGCUUUGUAUUUCAGCUGCCCGCAUUCAACCAUGUAUGGAUUCUAUAUUUUCAUAAGUCAAAUUCCUUAAUGCACCCACACGCCUUUCAGUGACAUGUGAGUUUGGGACGCGCUUGGGCGCCCGAGGACGAGCGUUUGAACUGGACUGAGCAGAACGGUGAUGGGAGGCCUCGCGCGGCCUCCUCAAUAUUACUGAAGCAGCAGAAUGUGAAUAUAUCUAUCAGCUUCUAUCAGGGACUUUGUUAUCGGUGUAAAUGUGAACCCAAUCACUUGUCCACACCCCUCCUAACUUAACAAUCCUUUCUAGACAAAAGAGAAACGACUCCCCUUUGUUACUUGAAAAAUAAUGCUAUGAUAAUGUAUUUAAGCUCCUGUCAGUUGAUUUUUCAGAGAGAACUAUGUGAGGGAAAUGACUUUGCCAAAAAAAAAGAAAAUCAUCAAUCUGUUACAGUUUUAGCAAGUUUUUCAUAUGUGUAAAGAGCGGAUCCUGAAAUGUAACAUUUUUAAUGUGAAUUCAUUUUAUUCCAUUUUGUUUCACAUGUGGGGAGUUGAUGCGUAGCUGUGACGUCAACAUCCCAGAAUCUGUUCACCUUUUCCUGUCUUAGCCUUUUAUCAUGUGUUUUGAGUUUUAUUCCUAUUGUAGGUAAAUGAA